CUGGAAUACUUGAAACGAGCUCUAUAAAUCCUUGAUGUUAUUGUGAUCCCGUCUUGGGAGAAGGACAGAGAAGGAAAGACAACAAAAUGAGAUUUCCAUUCCAUUUGCAGUAUUAUCUACUGUAAUUCUCCCCACCCAUUCCUGUCCUUUCAGGGCCACUUAUAGAAUCAGAUGUGUAUACCCUUUCUAACAGGAAGGAAAAUGGCCAGUUUCUUUGUCAGGAUAUAGGUACAUGUGAGAGAACCUGGCCUUGUAGCAUUGUGGUGGCUACCUCUGGCCCAAAAGUGGCCCAGCUGAUUAGAUUGAUGGCUUCCUGACGUCAGAUGCAAUCCGUUAAAAGGUAUUUAUCUCAGGCUUGGGCCAAAGCUGUGGGUGAGAUUAAAAGAGAUUGAGGCCAAGAUAAUCCUACAGCAGCAUCCCAGAGCAUACCACUGCCAAAAUGCUUUUGCCAGCCCACCUUCUUCUUCUGGUAACAGAUAAAAAAAUUUCAGAAUCGCUACCCAAGAAAGUGAGAUCCCAUUUUUACUCCUACCCAGGUGCAUGAGAGGAAGUCUUGCAGCUGCCUGCCUUUGCUUUCACAAUCCUUUUCUAGACCCAUUCAAAACUGCACAUAUGUUCUCCUCUCUGGAUUAUUUUAGCUGUAUCAGUGCAAUAUUAAUGCAACAGAAUCAAUUAUAUCAGCCUCUCUUGUUUUCUUUUUCCCUUUAAACAAAGCACAUUAUCAUCUAUCCUCUCCCUAUCCACCUGCUUUGCAUUAAGUCUCAAUCCGAUUUACCCAACUCACUGGUGUCUGAUUUAAUUUGCCUGAUGCUGCUCAUGGAGUUGUUCCCACCCCUUGCCCUACAGUGUCCCAGCUCCCCCAGGGAGAUCUAUCCAGGAUGAGGAUGAGACACUGUGAGCGAGAGGCAUCAAGUGUGUAGACUGACGGCUAGUGGAGGAACAGCUGAAGGGAACUAGCUGUGUAACCUGGGUCUCCUGCCCAGAGGGAUCGGCUUUCCCCCUCUUCCAAGAAGCCACCCCUUACAUUACGGACCCAGGGGACUCCAAGUGAAAGCUGAAAAUUAGUCUGUCACGAUGGGUGAAAUAGAGCAGAUGAAGCAGGAAGCUGAGCAGCUGAAGAAGCAGAUUGAGGAAGCUCGAAAAGCUUGUGCUGAUACUACACUUGCUCAGCUUGUUGCUGACAUGGAAGUGGUUGGGCGCAUACAGCUGCGGACACGGAGAACUUUGCGUGGACAUCUGGCCAAGAUCUAUGCUUGUCACUGGUCCACAGAUUCCAAACUUCUGGUCAGUGCUUCACAAGAUGGAAAACUAAUUGUAUGGGAUACUUAUACAACCAACAAGGUUCAUGCCAUCCCUCUCAAGUCUUCUUGGGUCAUGACUUGUGCCUACGCUCCAUCAGGGAAUUUUGUGGCCUGUGGAGGUCUUGACAAUAUCUGCUCCAUCUAUAACCUCAAGAGUCGUGAAGGAAGUGUGAAAGUGAACAGGGAGCUUGCAGCUCAUUCAGGCUACCUCUCCUGCUGCCGAUUCCUGGAUGACAAUAAUAUUGUAACUAGCUCUGGGGACACCACUUGCAUUCUGUGGGAUAUUGAGACAGGGCAGGAGAAGAGCACAUUCAUAGGACACACUGGGGACUGCAUGAGCCUGGCAGUCUCUCCGGACUUCAAGCUUUUUAUUUCAGGAGCCUGUGAUGCCAGUGCCAAGCUGUGGGACAUCCGAGAAGCAGCUUGUCGCCAGACAUUUAUAGGACAUGACUCAGAUAUCAAUGCCAUUUCAUUCUUCCCCAGUGGGGAAGCCAUUUGCACUGGUUCAGAUGAUGCCUCCUGUCGCCUCUUUGACCUUCGGGCAGAUCAAGAGCUCAUCAGCUUUGCUCAUGAGACCAUUAUGUGUGGAAUUACCUCAGUCGCUUUCUCCCGUAGCGGGCGCCUCCUCCUGGCCGGAUAUGAUGAUUUUAAUUGCAAUAUCUGGGAUAGUCUGAAAGCAGAGCGUGUGGGCCUUCUGUCUGGACACGAUAAUAGGGUGAGCUGUUUGGGAGUAACUGCAGAUGGCAUGGCUGCAGCAACUGGCUCUUGGGACAGUUUCCUGAAAGUCUGGAACUGAAGAUGCUGUUUGAAAAGAAGAGUGAAUUUGGAGAGGCUUUUUCAGAUGUACCUUUGAGUACCACAGUUGACAUUUUUAUUCUAUGCAGAUAUUGGUUCAUACUACACUUACCUCCCUAAGGGGAAGCUCAGGAAAAGAACCCACACAGGUCAAUUCUUCUGAUACUCUUUGAAACCUUCCCCAAACUCAGGGGUCCAUUUCUGUGACUGCCUCCAGGUGUGACAUCAGCAAGGUAGCAGUUCCUACUCACUCUGCCCAAAUUAGAGACCCUCAAGAAAUUUCUAAACGAAUCCCUUAUUUCCCAUCCCUCAACUUCUGAUUUUCCAUGUUAUGACUACCACAGACUUCAGACACAUCCAGUUAUAGUUUGUCCUUGGACGUGUCUUCAAGUGGUUUAUCACAGCAAGUAUUCUGCAAUGAACUUUAUUCACUUUUCUCUUUGAGAAAUAUAUUAGCUCAUUGUUUUACUCUACACAUUGCCUGGGAAGGAGUUGGUUGCUCCUGUUUUGAGCACUGGAGCCAGGAAUGCUUAAUGUAAUCUUAUUGAUUAUCUGUGUAUAGGUAUUUUUCCCAUUCCACUUAAUUCCGUAUCUUGCACUUAGCAUUUCGGCAUCCUUUAAGCUCCUCCAAGUCACUGCUUCAUGAUGUAAUUAUUAUAAAGUUGUUUUAUAGCCCAGGCAAAAUAAAACUGAAACAUUGGA